AUGCAGGCACAGUUAGAGGAGCGACUCACAGAGUAUGUCAAGGACACACUCAGUUACAUUGAGACCGUAAGGGACUUCUGUGACCAAGAACCGACAUGGACCUCUGAGAGAAAGGCAGAGCGUGAUAAGUUGAGAGGCAUCAGUGAAAAUCAGCAGGAGAAGGAGGAGAAGAAGAAGGAGGAGCUCAGCGCCGUCCUCAAAGACACAUUAGAGGUGGAGAAGCUAGCAGUGACCUCGAGCCGUGUCUUUAAUGAACAGAUCUUCCUGCUGCAGGGAGAGAGCCCUGAAAGAGUGCAGUCAGUCAUCAAAGAUGCCAGAAGAGAUGCUCCUCUCCUCAUCCACUUCAAACGAAAUGCAGAAAGCUUCUUCCAGCCUCUACUCCAAAAUGUGAAUAUCCUGGUCUUUCAGCUAAACAGCUACUACGUACUCAAAACAGAGGAACUUUGUAGCAGAAUAAGACGAAAUUCAGUUGAGUGUGCAGACAUCUAUAAAUAUAAAAUGGGUCAACCUUCAGUGCAGCUCAUUUUGAACGCAAGCGAGAACGCCAUGAAUCAAAUGCUUCAUCAUUUGGACCAGUUGCGUGAAAUCAGGAUGAACCAAGACACCCGGCUGGCGUUCCUCUUUCAGGAAAACGCUCAGAAAUUCAUUGAUGUGUUUGGUGAACAUCGCUCUAAAAUGUGGCAGUUCCUGUCACAUCUGGAGGAGACGGCUGAUAAGCUGGACUCGAUGAAGAAGGGGGCCAGUAUAUCCACUGUGGCUGGUAGUUCAGUGGGGAUUCUAGGGGGUGCCUUGUCUCUUAUUGGAAUCGUUUUUGCCCUGUUCACUGGAGGAGCAUCAUUGUUUGUCACUGCGGCAGGGGCCGGUCUGGGGGGCAUUAGUGCAGUCAAUUCUAUUGUAACAGGGAUCACUGAAACAAAGGUCAACCAACACCAGGAGCGCAAUGCACAAAGUUAUUUAAAGAGUUACAAGGAUGAUAUGAUAAAGAUUGAAGACUGUUUGAAAGAAGCGGCCAACAGUGAAGGACCUUUAGUGAAGCCUAGUGCAGUUACUAAGACCAUUUUAACCAAUAUUGGAGAAGGGUUAAAAGAGUCCCUGAAUGUGGUGGAUGCAGCUGCAGCUAUUAGAGUGCAUAAAAGUGAAAACGUAACUGCAGCAGCAACCAAGAUUGCAAUGCGGGAAUUAGAUACGGCCAGUGACGUACCACAGGUGGCUAUACAACUGUCUGGGACAAGGCAGCUGGCAACGACUGUAAAGGUUGUUAAAGAAUUGGUGUCUUAA